GGUGGAACUUAAAAUCAGGCACAUUGACAAUAAUCCCCUCAAUUAAAACCUAAAGAACAGCCUCGCCGCAUCUAUCGAUCCACGUUUUGCAGUUUCCAAUAAAACUGUCCGCUACUACUCCCCCAAGGCUUCUUCUAAAGAUUUUUCCGUUAGAAGUUCAAAACGAUUUCACAGAAUUGCGAAGAAGAAAUGAAGACGCAUAGAACAUGGAAAGAAGGACGAUAAAAAUGGUGAAGAGAAAUAAUAAGUUGGGAGACAAAAAUUAAGAAAACAUAGAAAAGGAGAAUGAAGUUUAAGAUGACGAUUUUGAGACGAAGGAGAAGAACAAAUCAACGAACGAGAAUAAAAACGAAGAAGGGAAACUAAAAGUUCUUCAGUCUGACAAGGGUGCAAGCUUAGGUUGAUUAAAAUGGCAAUGAUCCACUACUUCAACAAGUUCCUACUCUUACUCCUCUUUCAAGGAGUGGUCUCAGGCGGCUUGAAGGCGGACAAAGAAGCCCUUCUGGACUUUGCCACGGUGGUCGUCCCCCACAGUGGCCAUCGGAGACUGCAGCUGAUGGGCUGGAGCCACAAGAAGGCGGCCCAAAUAUGCAGCUCUUGGUUGGGUGUCACUUGCAACCCAGAUAGAAGCAGAGUAGCCGGUCUUCGUCUUCCGAGAAUGGGACUGGCCGGAGCUAUCCCGGAAAACACCAUACGACGGUUGGAUGCACUCCAAACUCUGAACCUCCAGAACAACCGCCUCUCUGGUUCCAUCCCACCAUCACUCAAAAGGUUUCCUGCUUCCUCAUUUAGAGGGAAACUUUUCCUGUGUGGCCCGCCCCUGAGUCAUCAAUGCCCUCCUCUUCAUCAGCACUACAUCUACGCCCAGCCGCCAUCCCCAUCCCGUUCACUCCUAGCUCACCGCUUACUGUUAUCACAAAUCCCGAAUUCCGGACCGCAAACUUCACCAGAAGCCAUCAAGAAGCCCAACAAGAAUGUUAUUCUUAUCGCUGUUCUUGGAGUUGUAUUGGCAUGUAUUGCGUUUUUCAUAAUGUGGCGAUGCCAUAGAAAAUGGAAACGUGAGAAGAGGGAAAGAAUAAAACCUGUGUCUGAAGCACCAGCACCAACAAAUUAAAACACGCUCGAUUGAUUGGAAAUUAGAUUAAACCCUUAGCAGCCCUCCUCUCUUCUCAUUUACUAGAUAAAACGUUACAAAUAAUCUACCAUUUAAGUGUAAGUAUUCUAUAUCAUGUAACCUCUAGCCUUUAUCCCUUGCAACAACUUGAGUUAAUCAUGCUCCUUAGUUAUGUAUCUCCCCACUAAUAUAAUAUGGCUUGAGAGUUACAUGCUUCUUAGUUUGGGCCUAUUAAUCCUCACUACAGUUCGAGACGG